UUCCUGUUUUAUGCUCUGCUUCUGCUUGUUCUUCGAUUCGAGAGAGCAGCGGCCAAUGUGAGGAUGGAUGCUUCCUUUUUGAUUCCGGUGAAGCGGACGGAUAACGUGGUGGUGACGGCGAAGGCUCUUCCAGCGCCGGCGAACCGACUGCCUCCGCCGCGGCCGUGGACGGUGCGAGUCUUCUGCGAUGAUAACGACGCCACAGAGUCGUCCGGCGAUGAUGAGACGCCUUGCCGGCGAGUGCGCCGGUACGUGCAGGAGAUCCAGCUCCGGCCAGAGCGCCGCGUCGGAAAGGACAAGGCGGCGAAGGUCGGCGGAGAGGCGAAGGGGAAGAAGGGUGCGGAGGCCGGAGAAGGCGGCUGGACGAGGUUUCGCGGCGUGCGGAGACGGGCAUGGGGGAAGUUUGCGGCUGAGAUUCGGGACCCGUGGCGGCGCGAACGAGUGUGGCUCGGCACGUUCAGCACCGCAGAGGAGGCGGCGCGGGCGUACGAUACAGCUGCCUUCAAGCUCCGCGGAGCGCAGGCGAUCACCAACUUCCCGCUGCCAUCGACGCCGACCCCCGCGCUCGCUCAUGACGUUCUCGCCGUCCUUUCCUGCUUCACUCCGCCGCCGGAGAAGAAGAAUCACAACAAGGACCGACCCAACUCGUCCGGCAAUGAGUCGCGUGAGAUCUGCUCUCCGACAUCCGUCCUCGGCCGCCCGCCUCCCUCCACUUCAACCCCCUCCUUGUCAUUGAAGCCGGCCGAGGAGCCGCAACCGACGGCAGCGGACUACUGCCGGUUCUUGCUCCCGGACGAAGACGGAACGUUCUACGACGACGAGUUGCUUGCCUUCUGCAACGACGACGAGUUGCCCACCGGCUACUUGCCCGACGACUUGGACGACGCGUUGCUACUCGGCGACCUCGACCUCUGUACUACCUUCGCCGCCGGCAACGAUCUAUUCUCCGAUAUCGGCGACUGGUUCCUCCCCCACCCCUCCAUCUGAGCCCGAGUCUUCAGUGGCGAUUUGGUCGCCGGUCGCCGAUUUCUCCGACAAUUUUGGAAUCAUUAAUUCAGAAUAAUAUUAGGAAUUUAAUUUUGUUUCAGGAAAAAUUAGGAUUUUUUUACAUUUCCAUCUGUUUUAA